AUGGAUCACUCUAGAGAUCCCUGCCCCUGGGUUGCGCUGAGCGACUUCGGUGGUGCGUUCUGUAUGGGUGCCAUCGGUGGUGCUGUAUGGCACGGUGUUAAGGGAUUCCGAAACAGCCCCUACGGCGAGCGACGGAUAGGUGCCCUCACAGCCAUCAAGGCCCGCGCGCCCGUUCUUGGUGGUAACUUCGGUGUCUGGGGUGGUUUGUUCUCGACCUUCGACUGCGCCAUCAAGGGCAUCCGGAAGAAGGAGGAUCCUUACAAUGCUAUCAUUGCCGGUUUCUUCACUGGUGGUUCCUUGGCUGUCCGUGGCGGUGUCAAGGCUGCUAGAAACUCGGCUAUCAUGUGCGCCGUCUUCCUGGCUGUUAUCGAAGGUGUCGGCAUUGGGUUCCAGAGAAUGAUGGCCGACAACACAAAACUAGAGCUCCCUCCUGCUCCAUCAGACGAAAAGGCCGUUGCCUAA